AUGAAGUUCGUCAGCGUCGUUUUGCUUGUGUGCGCAGUAGCGAUGGCGUCGGCAGCGCCGGCGGACAAACCGCGACAUUACGACCUCAAUGAUGCCCCUGCAAUAUUUGAAAAGUUCAUAAAAGACUACAAUCGAUCAUAUAGAGACGAAUACGACAAGAAAGUCCAUUAUGAAGCGUUUGUCAUAAAUCUUCAAGAAAUAAACGAGUUAAACAAGAAGAAUCCUAUGGCAACUUACGGCAUCAAUAAAUUCGCAGAUUACACAGAUGUGGAGAAAAAGAGAAUGUUCGGCUUCAUUCCGCGAAAGGAAUAAACAAAGU